AUAGUGCUGCAUUCUUUACUUCUCCUCUCAUAAGACAGAUCAACCACAGAAGAAGCAUUUGUCACGUUUACCUUUUUAAAAAAGACAGAAUGAAUAAAACCUCCUGUUCUCGUGUUAGUUACAACUUUGAACACAAAUUUCUGCCUCCUGUCUACAUCUUAGUGUUCAUCAUCGGUCUGGUAGCUAAUGGAUGGGGAUUGAAGUCUUUGCGGCACAACUGGAAAAAACUAGGUAACGUGAACGUGUUUGUUCUCAACCUUGGACUUACAGACAUUUUGUACCUGCUCACACUCCCGUUUUUGGUGGUCUACUACUGUAUGAGGAGUAAAUGGAUCUUUGGAGAUGCGUUGUGCAAGAUAACAAGAUUCUGCUUCAACCUGAAUUUAUAUGGCAGCAUUGGGUUCCUCACCUGUAUAAGCGUGUACAGAUACCUGGCCAUCGUUCAUCCAAUGAGGGUGAUGGGAAGAAUAACUGUCACCCAUUCUGUGGCUAUCUCAGUCAUGGUUUGGCUCUUGGUGGGCGUCCAAAGUCUUCCGGACGUGUUCUUCACCAAAACAUAUGCAAACGUCACCGGGAAAUGUUACGAUACCACAGACAAGAGAAAUGUUGAGCGUUACCUGGAAUACAGCCUCGGAUGGACGCUCACUGGAUUUUGUAUCCCAUUCCUCAUCACACUGGGCUGCUAUGGACACACGGCUGUGGUUUUAUUGACAAUGAAGAGAAGUGACAAGGUACUGAAACAGAGAAGUUUGAAGUUGUUGUUCAUUUUGAUUCUUCUCUUCUCUGUUUGUUACAUCCCACAUCAAGUAUUAAAGAACCUCAACCUCUGGUCAAGAGUUCUGUCUAAUCAGAAGGACUGUCGUGGAUGGUUUAAUGGAGUCUACAUCGCUCAUCAGAUAAGUCGUGGCCUUGUGUGUAUGAACAGCGCUCUCAACCCUCUGGUUUACCUCCAUGGAAAUGAAAACAUUCUGGCUCAGCUCAGGCAGAUGCUCCAGCGAGCCGGUCAGAUGUGCAGCCGGUUGUCUCUGGCACACUCAGGGCGUGUGCCAGUGUCACAAACCACAGAUCCACAUUAACAAGAGUUACAGUUUCAACAUGAAUUGUGUAAUUCAGCAGCUCUUGUGAGCUGCAGCUGUCUAUAUUUUAUUCUUUUUCUUUUGUAUGCAUAAUUUUUUGGUCUGUGCUUGUUAUGAUGUUUAUCUGACAGGGCUGUGUCAUGCCUGGCUGGUAUCUAUUUGUUCAGAACAGGAACUGGUAUAAACACACCGUAAGCAGGAUAUGUUUCUUUAUCAUACAGUUCUCAUUCUACAUUAUAUCUUGUCUUUCUUGCCUCGGUGAGUCUUUGGUAUCACCUGUAUUUUGUGUGUGAUACUAGUACAGUAUAAACAGAAAGUACAGUGAUAAUCAUGUCAUGGUAUAUUAAAGUAUAAUUAUGAUUUAUGAUGAAUUUGGUUCUUGCUGAGAUCUCAUAGCUCAGGCUGCAGACAGGCUGCAAAAGCUGAGUUUAAACCACUUAUUGUAAUAUUGAGGUCAAAUCAUUUUGAAACGCAAUCGAAAUGUCAGUAGGGGUUUCUUUUUUUACUGUAACUAGAACAGGAUGUGGGCUUUGCAGACCGUGCAUUACUGAUUUUGUACCUCACCCCUGUUUUCACUUUUAAAUGAUUGUGGCUAUGCUGCAGCUUUGCUGAAACCUGAAUGAGCAUGAAUUAACAUUGUAAAUGUAAUUGUAAUUGUCAUCAUUCCCAAACUGCAAUAACAUUAUUGGAAUUUCAACCAGAUAGACACAGUUUGGCGUGAACCUCUGACACUGUCAUAUUUUAAGAGGGUAGUGUAGCCGUGCACUGUGCAGAAAUACUCCCCUAUAUACUGUGGUGGUGUUGGUCUGGCAGUGAAAUGGUUAAGAUCUAAAGCUGAAGAUUUUGAUGGAUGACGUAUGGAGUUGGAUUUCUGAUGAGCAACUUGUAUUUCAUGCUCGGCCUCGCUGCCUUCUCAAGUUGAUUCUUUGCCACGAUCUGUUACAUUUUGUUCUUUGUACUUUUGCAGUGUGUACUGUCACAGGUUAAAAUUAGACUGAAAUCUAAGCAAACAGAUGUUACAUGACAAAUAUUCGUGUGCUCUGAAUGUUUUGUUCUCUUGGCAAAUAAUGACCAUUAUUAGGUGACAACCACACCCUGCCACAGCACACA